CUCACGUGACUCCUGGGGGCGGGGCUUGUGUAGUGACCGCUUCUGAGCUCACGUGACAAGUCACAACAAAGAUGGCGGCCUCGAGGACUCCGUGCGACGCUUUGCUCUUUUUGCUCUUUUCGAGCAUUUUGUGGAUGUGUGCGGAGUUCUCCAGAAACCUGUCGGUGGAGUUGAACCCGGGCUCGUCGGCCCCGCCUCCAGGUGGCGACCUCGUGCACGUGAGAGCCGUGGGAGACGACGACACGCUGCACUUCCUCUUCUGCAGUCAGGGGGCGCCCGCGCUCCUGCUGGUCCACACCGACGUCACUUCCUCGGACGUCUCGGUCGACUGGCCGCUCUUCUUGAGCCGCAACACCAGCGGCGGCCUGCGGGUGGAGCCGGCGAGCAGCAUCGUGUCCAGCACGGCCCUCGUCUUCAGCCGGCUGUUGGAAUACGACGACGUCAACAACACAGCGGAAGCGCCCUUUGACCUUUUCCCGCCAUACCAGCUGCACGAUGUCACGUGGUCUCGUAUGGAACUUUCGGGGGCGGCGGCCCGACUGUGCGGCGCUGUGGCCCGAGGGUCCAUUUGUCUGCACAUGUGGGUGUUUGCGGGGGAGGGGCGUGAUGAGAGCUGGCCCCGCCUCCUCCACACGGCGAACUCCUCCCAGGUGACCGUGCGGCUCGACGGCCUGGCGGCGAGGUCGCAGAGGUCGCGUUUCCUGUUGGAGCUGCAGACGCUGGGCGGAGCCUACCCCCUCGACGCCGUUCGGGUUCGGCGCUCCAUCGACGACGAGUUCACGCCGUCCAUCUUUAAGGUGUCCGAGUGGACGUCCGGAGCGAACGAGAGUUCGGAAGACGGGGGCGCUUUCGUCCUUUGGAAGCAGGUCGCGUAUCGGCGUUCGCCGCCGGCGCUGGAGGACGCGUCGCCGUGCCGCCACUCGGACCCGCGGCGGCGGAGCGGCCGGGCGCUGGCGGAGGUCAGCGGCCUCGUGCGAGCCUUCUUCGCCGACGAGGAGGAGCGGGCCUUCGGACUCAACGUGAGCUUCGGCCUGGCGGGGGAACCGUUCUACAACGCCACCAAGUUCCUCAGCUGGACCGCCCUGGUCGGCGUCGGCCUCGCCCCCGCCGACGCCUUCUCCCCGCUGGUGGCCGCCAUCGUGGCGGUCGGUCUCGGCGCGCCGCUCGUUCUCCUGCUGACGGGCGGAGUCUACGCGUGCCUGCGGAAGAGGUCGGCGGCCUCGGCGAGCGGCUACGAGCCGAUUAACUGACGGACGCCGGGCAUCAAAUCGCAGAGGCUCUUUUAAGACUCGAUUGAAUCUUUGAUUGUUUUUAUGAUGUUCCAUUUCUAAUGCUCCACAGUUUUGAUACAAAUGAAAUGAUCACGUUGACCCACAACAAA